CAGGCUGCAGUGUGCAGGCUAGUUCUGUUAGCUGGGAGAGAUGAGUGUCCCUUCGCUCUUUGCAAACGAUCUCAUGUGUACAUCCGCAGAAAUGUCUGCAGUCCAGAGUCUGAGGACGUUUGUGAACCAGCGACUGACUGCGGCUGCUGAGGAGAUAUGUGGAGUGUUUGAACAGACUUUACUUGUGUACGAGGAGGAGAUCGAGCGGCAGCGCAGACUGCUGGACAUCGUCCUGAAACCCGAGAUCAGACUGCACAGAAUAGACCCUCCACAGCCAUCUGUGUGUAAGGACGAGCUUCGCCUUGACCAGCAGCACUGCACCCAGGAGAGCAACUCCAUUCUGGGUCAGGAGGUCCCAGAGUCCCCACAGAUUAAAGAGGAACAGGAGGAAGUCUGCAACAGUCAGGCAGGAGGGCAGCUUUUAGUGCAGCAGGAGGCCGAUGUCCGCUCUGGAGAAUCAGAACCACACAGUGACAGCUACCUCCACUCUCACAACCAUCAUGUAGCUGAGCGUGAAGGUUACAAAACAUCCAGCUGUGGGAGCGCAGGAUCAGCUCACAGCACUGAUCCAAAACAACAAAACAGAGCUUACAAGUGUGACAGCUCCAGUCAAGAGUUUUCUGCCUCGGAAAACUUAAAUACUCACACGAGAGCCCACACUGGUGAAAGGCCUUUUAGAUGUGGCACUUGUGGGAAAACGUUCACACAUAGGUCUGACUUGAAAAAACACACAGGAGCUAAGACAGGGGGAAAGCCUCUGAGAUGCAUAUUUUGUAGAAUGGGAUUCAGCUGUCAGUCGAACCUCAGUAAGCAUGUUAUAGUCCACACGGGUGAGAAACUGUACACUUGCAACACUUGUGGAAAAAGAUUCAGACGUGGCACAGACUUGACAAAACACAUGAGGGUUCACACAGGCGAAAAGCCUUACAGCUGCAUUCACUGUGAGAGAAAGUUUGCCUUCCAUUCGGUGCUCAAACGGCACCUCCGAGUGCACACCGGGGAGAAACCUUAUAAAUGUUUUUCCUGUGGGAGAGAGUUUGCUGUCAGGUCAACUCUGACAAAGCACACCAGAAUCCACACAGGUGAAAAGCCUUAUAAAUGCGGCACCUGCGGGAAAACCUUCACUCAAAACACAAGCUUGAAAAGACACAUGAGGACGCAUACGGGGGAGAAACCAUACCGAUGCACCACCUGCGGGAAAGGGUUCAUCAGCCGCUCACACCUGAAGACACACCCCUGUUUGUUCACUCUCCAAAUCGGCCCUGCUGUGUGGUGAUUUCAGCGUUCAUGUGGACUCCACAAACUGCAUCCACUCUUUACUUCCACCCACAAUUCAUCGUCAGACUCUGCCCUUUUCUUGUCCCAGUUCAGCACCAAAACACUUAGUCAUGCUCUUGUCACCUGAAGGCUGGACUGCUGCGGUGCCCUUUUCACUGGUCUUCCCGACAAUUUCCAAAAUAAACUCCAGGUGGUCCAGAACUCUGCUGCCUGCUUUACCACCCGCACAUCACCUCCAUCCUCUGCGACCUUCAGUGGCUCCCGUUAUCUCAAAGUGUCCGUUUCAAAAUUCUCCUUCUCACAUUUAAAGUGAUAGCCCGUAU